CGUCCUGGGAAACACGUUGCGUCUGACCGUCGCUGGGACGAAAUGAAUGGCUACGGGUCCCCCUACCUGUACAUGGGGGCUCCGGUGUCCCAGCCCCGCGCUCCGCUCCAGAGGACCCCCAAGUGCGCGCGGUGCAGGAACCACGGCGUGCUGUCGUGGCUUAAGGGCCACAAGCGCUACUGCCGCUUCAAAGACUGCACGUGCGAGAAGUGCAUCCUCAUCAUCGAGCGGCAGCGGGUCAUGGCGGCCCAGGUGGCGCUGCGGAGGCAGCAGGCCAACGAGAGCCUGGAGAGUCUCAUCCCCGAGUCGCUCAGAGCGCUGCCCAGCCUCAGCUUACCUGGAGCUGGGGAGGGGAACCAGAGCGCGCCGCCGAGGACCGAGGAGCUGGAGCUGAGGUGGAGCAACACGGAGUCGGUGCAGGCCGGCGCACCGCCCUGCCCAGAGCCGACGGAGGACGGUCCCGGCGAGUUGUCAGGAGCAGAGAACGGGGGGAGCUCCAGUGAGAAGGAGCAGGACCCCGUCAGCUCGCCGGAAGGCUCCAAACCCAACUCUUGCUACACCCCUGAACCCCCAGACACCCCCUCCCUCCCAGAGGAGAGCCGCUACAGCCUGCCCAAAGCCUGCAGCACUGAGAGGGAGGCUAAAGCGGAGAGUCCUCAGAAGUACCCCAGCCCGGGAGAGCCGAGUGUGCUGAUCGAAGGCCUCGCCGGCUCCAUCAAUCUGCCCUUCAACCUCCGGGCCAACCGGCCUCCUCUGGAGGUCCUCAAGAAGAUCUUCCCUGCCCACAAGCCUCCUGUGCUGGAGCUCAUCCUCCGGGGCUGCGGAGGGGACCUGGUAGGGGCCAUUGAGAUUCUCCUUUCCAGCCGAAGCCCCGAUGGUGGCACCCAUCCCCAUGCUGACCCCCACUCUGACACCCUGGUACUGCCCUCCAACGGACACCUCUUUGAACACACUCUGGGCUCCUACCACCCAGUGUCCUCUUCCGCCAAGUGGUCGGUGGGCUCGGCUUUCCGGGUGCCAGAAUCUCUCCGGUUCUCAUCCGACACCGCUUCAGGUGUGGUGUCCACCGGCCCGCUGGGUGUCCCCCUGCAGCACCCCUCCUUCCCCCAGCCCACCCGCUACCCGCUCAUGUUACGUAACUCCCUGACCCGCAGCCAGGCCAGCCCCUUCGUGCACAACGACGUGACGCUGUGGAAUACCAUGACUCUCCAGCAGCAGUACCAGCUUCGCUCGGCGGCGCAGUACGUCUCGCCCUUCCCCCCGGCCGCCGCCCCGGGGGGGUCCAUGUUCCGCGGCUCGCCCAUCCUCCCGUCCAGGCCGUCCGAGGAGCAACGCAUCAGCAUCCAGGAGGAGGGCUGCACGCUGGGAGCCAAACCCAGCCUCUACUCCCCCGAUGAGGAGUACGAUGAGCGCUCUGACUCCGCAGACUCCCGCAUCCUGAACUCAUCAACUUAGACACUAAUGAGGAACUGAUGCUGCACGGCUGCUGAAGCACCAAAAAUGUAUUGUCAAUGGAAACCCAGUAUGUGUUAAUACA